CAAACACGAAAAGCGCAUCCUAAUCAGGGGCGCGAGCCUCAAAGCCUUGGCCUAAGAAAAAGAGAGAAAAAAAACAUUACCUUCGUACUUUUCUGGGCGGCAACUAAAGCGAUCCAAACACCUUUACCGCCCACUUUUUGUUCACUCUUUUGUUUGUGUUUUUAUUUGUUUACUUUGUUGUUGAUCAACGUGAACAGCGGAGUGUUGUAUCAGUUGUACUAUACUUGCUUGAAUAGUCUCAUUUGACUGCUUACUGUUGUGUCUUUGUUGAUAAGUCACGUACUGAGGCCUCGUUAUAUAAGCGCACAGUACGAUUUUGGGGUUUUCUAGGUUGUGUUUAAGCGCUGGACAAGAAGCAACAGCGGUAGCGAGAGCACCAACGAACUAAGAAGCCACAACCAAAUAACAAUCCUGGCUACGCAUCCGCCAUGAAGCGUCUCUUCUCUGGACAAAAGUCCGGGUCGUCAUCUCCAAAGGUUCUACAGGGCCACUUUAGAUCGAGAUCUAACACCGGCAACACCGUGGAGUCCACAGGUGAGCUGCCACCCCCGCAACCCAGCGAGACAAAGUUCAAUAGCGAGGUGAGCCCAGAGCUGGCGCCUAUCGUGACGCUGCUGAGUACACAGGCCCACCGCCGCUAUAACGAAGGUGUGUUUAUGCUCCUGCAGUCCAUUAACGUUGACGGUGAGCCUGUGCCGAACCGCCAGUGGAGAGAAGUGUAUGGUGUGCUCUUAGGAACACAGCUUGCCGUGUGGAACGUUGAGGAACUCGACAAAUGCCAGAAUGACGUUGAGAAGUUGCUCAGUGCAAGCUCUAAACCAGAUUACAUCAACUUUACAGACUCCUCCUUCCGUGCGGUGGAGAAGCUCGAGAACAGCAACGGCUUGAAGAACGUGAUCAUUGUUUCAACUACGCUAAAGAACCAGUAUCUGCUUCAGUAUCCGGAACUGGAGGACUUUCACAGAUGGAACGCUGCAUUCAGACUGGCAACAUUUGAAUACACAUCGCUUCAGGAGGCUUAUACAGGUGCUAUCCUGUCUGCUCGAGGACCCAAAUUGUCAGAUAUUAGAACAAUUCUCACAGCUACAAAGUUUGACCACGAAGAUUGGGUAAGCGUACGGUUCGGAUCCGGAAUGCCUUGGAAACGUUGUUAUGCAGUUAUUGAACAACCUCAGAAGAAGUCCAGGAAGGGUAAAGUCUACAAAGGUUCUGUAUCGUUCUAUCAAGAUGAAAAGAAGCACAAGAAAACCGCAAUGGCUGUUAUACGAGAUGCAAGCGCAGCUUACGCACUAUACCCAAACUCAGUGAAGAUGAUUGAUCAUAGUACAAUGAUUAAACUAGAGGGGACAGUAUACUUUGAUUCGUCAAAGAAUGCACUUCCAAAGGAAGCGUCUGUGUAUUUCAUGCCAGAACAACACAACGCAGUUCCAGGCUACGAUACGUUAAUCAGAUUUUUGGUUCCAUUGUUAAAUGCAUUUGCCCUAUAUGGAAGACCCAAGAGACUGAAUGCUGAAAAGAGGGAUCCAGAUUCCUUACUAUUUGGUUUACCAACGUUACCCCACGUCCAUUAUUUGGAAGUGGAUGACCUCAUCUUAUUAGUCAAUAAUUCGGGGUCUUCAAAUUGGCUUGUUACUGAAUGGCGAGCCAAAAUCAAGGAAAUAUUGAGAAGAAAAUUAGAAUCUGGGUACACCGGUUGUGGCUCAUCUCAUGGUGUUCUUGCUGCAAUGAACUCUCCAGCUAUUAGUUCCAGCGAAUUUAUGAGUGUUACCAAGAGUGGUUCAAACUUGGCAUUGGAUAGGGCCAUUUCACCAUUGACUCCUGGUUUCUUCCCGGCUCCAAAGUUUAGAAGAGAUUCAUCUGCUUCGAGAUCCAGUUCACUGGGAAACUUUGCUUCGCCAGACCAAGGUUCAGAACAAGACUCACCACCAAAUCCAGAUAGAGACGCGGAUCUGAGCCAGAUAUACGAAGGGUAUAGUAAUGUUGCUAGAAUGGGUGAUUUGCAACACGAUCAACAUGAUAAUAAGUCAGAAGAUAGUUUGAAUGUCUCUAGACCAGUUGGUUCGGGUAUUGGUUUUUCAUCAAGCACAAGCGGAUUGUCAAAUCCUUACUUAACCCAUCAAACUGCAUCUUAUAAUACUUCGAAGCUGGACACCCCAAUCAAACUCUCUGAUCCUCCAAAAUCUUCGAAGAAUCCUUAUGAUCAAUUCAGGAAGAAUCAAAACCUGGAACUUGAUGAAGACUUUGAUGAUGAAGAGAUUUUCCAAAAGGGUGUUUCAGGACUUUCAAUUGACGAUAGUCCAAAGAAAGAUAUUGGGAACCUUCAGAAGCUCAAUUCAGCAGCUAGUGGCGUGAAUAAUACUAGUCAUCCAAUAUUGGAUCAGAAGUACUUAAAUGAGAAGUCUCUGCCAAGUCCAACAGAUGCACCAAAAGAUUUUGGAAACCAAUCACAGCCUAAGAAGCUUUACGAAAAUUAUCAUGGUCGCAUUUCGAUACCUCAACAGCAACAACAGCUUUCAUUUGAACAGCCAAACUCCAUGAGGACAGGACAAAGCGUUCCAAGACAAGAUUCUCAGACAUUUGGUGAGCAGAGGUCAAGCUCUAGAGAUAUCCCUCAAGGACCUAGACCUCCACAACAUAGACAUCAAGAGCAAGGGUCACAACUCCCAUAUCCACCUGUAUCCACUGGCACCUCUGGUUCGUACCGUGGUUCAUCUCCUCCAAAAUCAAACGUCGCACAAUCACAGUACGCUAUGCAAUCAGGGGAACCACCAGAGUCCAACUUACAAAAGCCAUAUACACCACCAAAUGCUAUGUCUCAGCAACAACAGAGACCUUACUCACCGCAGCAAAUACCUCCUCAGCAUCAAGGCCCAUCAAACUCUGGUCCGUACCAACAAAGACCUCGUCCUCCACAGAGUCAACAACAAGUACCGUCACAGGGUCAGAGAAGACCACCACAACAGGGCUAUCCACAGCAACAAGGCUAUCCACAGCAAAGAGGGUACCCACAACAGAAACCACCGCAACAACAAGGUUAUCCACCACAACAGCAAGGCUAUCCACCACAGAAUGGUUAUCCACAACAGCAGGGUUAUCCACCACAACAACAGCAGCAGGGGCACCCAUCACAUCAGGGAUUCAAACCACAGAACUACGGGAAGGGUGGAUAUCCGCAACCUCAACAGAAACGCCCACCACAGAAUUAUGGCGCUCCUCGUCCUCAGCAACAACCUUACCCACCUCAGCAACAACCUUACCCACCUCAGCAAUAUCAACAGCGCCCGGCACAACCUUACAAACAACCAGCUGGACAAGGUUAUGACCAGCCGCAAUAUCAAAAUCAAAACACUUUUAACUCCAGCUCUCCACAGCGCAGACCUGUUGGCAAUGGAAGUGGAGCUAAUGCCCAGAAUCAAAACCCAUACAGUCAAGGGAAUCCAUACGCUGAAGAGAAUCCAUAUGUGGGCUGAAGAUGGUGUACAUAUUGUCACUUAUGUGUAUAUGUAUAUGCUCUCCAUUAUCUUUAAUGAUAACUCGGCAUCAUCUUAAUGGAAUUAUACUC